AUGUUACUCAUAAUUUUCGCCGCGGUGUAUUUUUCCUCGGCCGUUCAAAACGCGCUUAUUUCUAAAGUUUCUUACGAACAUCUGACCUGUCUGAACCUUAUAAGCAAAAUAGGCGAAAUUGCCUGUCGUCUCGUUGGGGAGCAGGGAUAUGACCGACUGGGUGAAUCGACCUGCUUAAUAUUUUGCUCGGGUGGCGAUUAUCCAAUCACGUUGCCAGAUGGUACAUGUGAUAGAAUAUUUGAGCCGGCAAGUUGGCAAGCUUACUACAGUGUGAACCAUGAACUCCCACCUAAGGAAUUUCAGUACUGCGAUGAAGAGUGGGCUACAAAACUUCAACAUUGGCUUGAAGCAUGGCAAAAACGGAAUGAGACAGUGUAUAACUAUAUAUGCCAGAGAUGUGCGCUAUAA